UGUGCGACAGCCGCUUGCUGGGCAAGGAGGAAGCUAGUUAAGCAGGUCUUCGCCUUGUUUUAAAGGCAGGGUUGCGCUGGUUGCCUUGCGCUCUCUUUAGCUGCCUUUCUCCGCCCCUCUGGUGGUCGGGACAGCAGGUUUGGGAAGAAGCAGACCGAGGGCUUUGACCAAAGUUUGGGAGUUUAGAUGAGAUCGUAGCCUCCUUUCUCUUCCCACUCCCCCCACUCCCCACCCCCCCACUCCCUUGAGCCCCGUUCUUGCCGGCAGCAGCCUCCAGGUGUACAGUUCAGGCAAGAGGAGGGGCCGCUCCCGGCUGCAUUAGCGUCCAACAUGGAUAGAGAAAUGAUACUGGCUGAUUUUCAGGCAUGUACUGGAAUAGAAAAUAUUGAUGAAGCUAUCACCUUACUUGAACAAAAUAACUGGGAUUUAGUGGCAGCCAUCAAUGGAGUUAUACCACAGGAAAAUGGCAUUUUAGAAAGUGAAUAUAGUGGAGAAUCUUUACAAAGGCCUGCCUAUGGUCCUGCUAGUCAUCCUUCGUCAUCGUCUUCAGCAUCUUCCUCCUCUUCUGCAUUUCGUCCCGUAGUGCCAUCCAGACAAAUAGUGGAGAGACAACCCCGAAUGCUUGACUUCAUAGUGGAAUACAGAGAUCGAAAUGUGGAUGUGGUGCUUGAAGACACUUCUACAGUUGGAGAGAUCAAACAUAUUUUAGAAAAUGAGCUUCAGAUUCCUGCACCCAAAAUGUUGCUAAAGGGCUGGAAGACUGGGGAUGUAGAUGAUGGUACUAUUCUAAAAACUCUACACUUGCCCAAAAACAACAACCUGUACGUCCUAACGCCCGACUUGCCACCACCAUCUUCAUCAAGUAUGCCAGGUGCCCUGCAGGAAUCAUUAAAUCAAAACUUCAUGCUGAUCGUCACCCAUCGAGAAGUCCAGCGGGAGUACAACCUCAACUUCUCAGGAAGCAGUACCAUUCAGGAGGUUAAACGAAAUGUGUAUGACCUGACUAGUAUCCCUGUUCGUCAUCAAUAUUGGGAAGGCUGGCCUGCUUCUGCUACAGAUGACUCAAUUACUUUAGCAGCCUCAGGAAUCUCUUAUCCUUGCCAUCGACUUACAGUCGGAAGAAGGUCUUCACCAGCACAAACUAGAGAACAAUCAGAAGAGCAAUGCACAGAUGUACAUAUGGUUAGUGACAGUGAUGGAGAUGACUUUGAAGAUGCUACAGAAUUUGGGGUAGAUGACGGAGAGAUGUUUGGUAUGGCAUCAUCUGCAUUGAGAAAAUCUCCAAUGAUGCCGGAAAAUGCUGAAAAUGAAGGAGAUGCCUUAUUACAAUUCACAGCAGAAUUUUCUUCAAGGUAUGGUGACUGCCAUCCAGUAUAUUUUAUUGGAUCUUUAGAGGCUGCCUUUCAAGAGGCCUUCUAUGGGAAAGCUAGAGAUAGGAAGCUUCUUGCUGUCUACCUCCACCAGGAUGAAAGUGUGCUGACUAAUGUAUUCUGCUCUCAAAUGCUUUGUGCUGAAUCUAUUGUUUCCUAUCUGAGUCAGAACUUUAUAACAUGGGCAUGGGAUAUGACGAAAGAAGCAAAUCGAGCAAGGUUUCUAACAAUGUGCACAAGACACUUUGGCAGUGUUGUAGCUCAAACUAUUCGGACUCAAAAGACAGAUCAGUUUCCAUUGUUCCUUAUUAUUAUGGGAAAACGAUCAUCAAAUGAGGUGUUGAAUGUAAUACAAGGAAACACUACAGUGGAUGAGUUAAUGAUGAGGCUGAUGGCUGCAAUGGAGAUCUUCAGUGCUCAGCAGCAAGAAGACAUAAAAGAUGAGGAUGAACGCGAGGCCCGAGAAAAUGUGAAGAGAGAACAGGAUGAAGCUUACCGAAUCUCUCUGGAAGCUGACAGAGCAAAAAGGGAAGCACAAGAAAGAGAAAUUGCAGAGCAGUUUCGCUUGGAACAGAUUAGAAAAGAACAGGAGGAAGAGCGUGAAGCUAUAAGGCUCUCUUUAGAGCAGGCAUUGCCUCCUGAACCCAAGCAGGAGAGCACUGAAUCAGUUAGUAAGCUACGUAUCCGAACACCCAGUGGAGAAUUCUUUGAACGGCGUUUCCUGGCCAGUAGCAAGCUGCAGGUCGUCUUUGAUUUUGUAGCUUCCAAGGGUUACCCUUGGGAGGAGUUCAAGCUACUAGGGACUUUUCCCAGGAGAGAUGUAACCCAGCUGGAUCCAAAUAAAUCAUUAUUGGAGUUAAAAUUGUACCCUCAAGAAACACUUUUUCUAGAGGCAAAAGAAUAGAUGAAGCCAGAUUGGAGGACUAAGUAAUUAUUUGAUAAUGAAUAAGGCACGGCGAACGCUUUAUCCAAAUCACUGUGUCCUAUCAUUUAAAUCAGAUCAAUGUCCCAACUCUGCCUCUUUCAAGAAGCUGGGAAGAAUGAAUAAACAUAGUUGCAUAAAAAUUUCCCAUACAUGAGUAUGUGUUUUCAACCUCAUUAAAAAGAGCAGAGAAAAUACUUUGCUACAAACACUGAACACUAGAAUCUGUUGCUCACUUACCAUCUGGCUUUUGUUAUAACUAAUACACUGUUAAAAUGUGAGUGAUUGUCCAGUAGAAUUUUUACUCAAUUACCCCUUUUUUCACCAAGAAUUCUUGGACAUUUCUGCCUGUACUUUUGACACUAGAAUACUGUAUAUUUGAUAUCUUGCUAAACCAGUGCUCUCAUAUAUGUGCAUUUUCUUUCUGUGGGUGAAAUUCAAUUUUGCCACCUAAUUUUUUUUAAGGCAGAAAAACAAUAAAUGGGACAUUUCAUCCUUGGAGAUUUAACAGUAUUGUAGUAGUAGAAAGCAGAGGGUGUUUUUUUUUUCCUCUGUACUUUCUGACUCUUUCAUAAGAUGUAAGGUUUUGUUUGGAGAAGAUAGUUUGACAUAUAUGCAAGAUAUUUAUUUACUGAUUUUUAUUUUUAUUUUGCUUUGGAUCUUGAUCCAGAUUCAGUUUGGGGAGCAUUUUCAAUUACAUUGCAGUGUGUUGAACUGUUGAUAAUAUCAAUAUCUAAAUAAUGUUUAAAAAAAAAGGAAUUGUAGUGAAUGACUAGUGCCCAACUCACAGUUCAGAAAAAAAACAGGUGUUCGCUAUGAAUGUCCAAAUCAGCACAAAUAGUAAAGUUCUUUGCUCAUCAUUGUAGAAGAAUUACAGGACUCCCCUCCCCUCCUCUUCCCUCCCCUCCUCUUCCCUCCUCUCCUCUGUUUUGGUUCUUUUUGCUUUUUUCCCAUUCUGACACUGGUUUGUAUUAUUUUUCUUGCAGUUUUAAGCACCUUGUUUGUUUCACCAAACAAUAAAAAUGUAAAAUUACAGUGUACUAAGAAAUGUUUGCAGUUUUUGAUUAUGGACAUGAGCAAUGCAUUCAUCCAUCCAGGGGACUGGUCUAUCCAGGGGAUUAGAAAGUUUGGAACGUUCGAAUCAGCAUGCUGCUUGAAGCUACAUCAAAAUAGAUUCGUAAGCUUUUUUUAAAAUGUGAAUUACAAACUGUAGGCUUAGACUAUGACAUACAAAAGCACCAUGGAAAAUUCAUUUUCUAAAUAAUACAUUUGUUCUCCAUUAUUUCUCCAUUUGACAUAUCUUUUUUAUUGUAGCAGGCUGCUUAUCCUGUUCUAAGAAUUAAUAUAAACUGGAAAAAAUAUGCAUUUAUGCAUAAUCAUGCAUUUUCUCUAAUUCUCUUUUGGGUGGAGUAAUGAACUUAGGAACUAUCUUAAGUGUUUAAGGAUACAGAUACUUUAUUUUUG